AUGGGACUUGCUUCAGAGUAUCUUUUCAAUACGAUAAAAGCGAUAAAAAGUUCUGCAUCUGCUGCUGGUAAUGCUGGUGAUGGCAAAACUUUCACUUAUCAAGAGGAGAUAGCGCAUUUGGUGUCUUUGAUCAUCAAAACUUUCUACAGUAGCAAGGAGGCCUUCCUUCGUGAAUUUUGCGAUGAUGUAAACAAAAUAUUGCCUGGAAAAUUCGCGUUUCAGAAGAAUCUUCUGAAAGCUUCGCAAAAUCGUCUCUUCGAGCGAUUGCUUGAUGAGAUUAUUUUUGCUUGUCGUAUUCAAUGGCUGGUUGUUUCAGCGCUUUCUGGAAUUGGGUGUUUGGUAUUCGUGCAGCUUCUACUCGACGACUGUCCGCUGGAGCUGAUGAAGAUCUCAAGGCGAAGGACUUCUCUUAUGAAGCAACGAAAUAUGGAUUCGAUCAAGCACAUGGAAACGAUGGAGAUGACACUGCUUUCAAUGAGACGUUCCCCGAAAAUACGAUUGUGUGCUAUACGGACGGAAGUUUUCAAGCUGGGGUUCCUCGGGAAGCCGUCGACUCUUCAGCUUAUGCCGGGUUUUUUGGGGAAGACCACAUACUCAACUUUGCUGAUUCCCGAAGAUGACUGUGCGACUUACAUCGAGAUUGUGGCUGUAAAAACUGCGCUCGAAAAGUUGGCAGCACUGCCUGGCAGCACCGAUAUGGAUGUUAUCGUCCGUACUGACAGCAUGAACACGAUCCAGGGACUAAAGAAACGUAACAAGCUCAAAAUAGAAGAUCUUCGUAAAGGAAUCGAUUCAAUCAAGAAGGUGGUAUCAAAUUACCCGAGAGGAGUCCGCUUUCAACAUGUAUACAGCCACAAUGGCGACGCGGGAAACGAGAUGGCUGAUGCCAUGGCUUCUCGGGCAAGGAAAGGUUGCACGUCGGAAAAGGAUUACCAGUUGGAGGAGAAAUUGGUUAAACGCGAGAAAAAAUAUUUGGCACACGGCAAAGAGAAAUCCCAAUACAAGAAGGCUUUCGACCGCGAUGGAAAGCCAACUUCAAAACGAUAUGUAUUCAUCAAGCAAAAUGGCGAAGCCGAAAAAAGCGAUGAA